GCAGUGAGGUGCGCCGCGAGGACCACGGGCCUGCGCCGAGAGCAGCGGGCAGCGGGCGGCCGCGCGGUGAGAGGCGAGCUAUGAGGAGCAAAGAUCGCCUGGACGAGCUGCGCAAGGUUGCCGGACCCGCAGAGUGCGGAGCGCCGGCGCCUGUGCUGCCGCUGCCGAGCGACAUCGCCGACCUGCUGCAGGAGGUGGAGGCGAUAUCGAGGUGGAUAGACGAGGUGCGCGGCGACUCGCAGCUCAUCCGCCGCCUGCACUCUGACCCCACAUACCACGCCAACAAGCAUGUACAGGAUCAGUUGGACGCUGCGGUGACGCGCGCGCAUGCAGCGGGCCUCAAGCUGUGCGGCGCGCUGCGGCAGCUGGCGGGGCGCGCGGGCGCGGCGGGCGCGGCG